UCAGUUGCUUGGAGAGUAGCAAAUGUGACAGCUCGUGUGUCUGUUUCCCAGGGAGAUGACAGCUUGUCUGUGAUAACCUGUGAAUCAGAUGCAGAAAUGAAGUUAAAGAAGAAAAUUUUUCACAAGCCUCCAAAAUCACCAAAGUCUCCAUACAGCUCUAGCACACAACUGUAUCCUAAAAAAGCUGCAGUUUGGAGGUCUCUGCAGGGAGCAGGCAGCCCAUAUCUUGAAAGUGCAGCCUUAACAAACCCAAGGCACAUGUGGCUGGGAACACUGAAACAAGGAAUGAACCAUUCUCUCAAAUCAGAUGUUGACGUAGGGCAUUUGCGAACUAACUUUCCCAGUAGCACGCCAGAAUAUUUGAAGGAAGCUCUAGGAAUGAAGAAGCCAAAACAUUCCCGUUCCUCUAGUAAUGGCUACAUUCCUGGAACUCCUGACUACAAGGAAAAAGAAGAUAUGUAUGAUGAAAUUAUAGAACUGAAGAAGACAAUACAAGCUCAGAAAAAUGAGGGAGAUCGAAUGAAAACAAAACUCCGUCGACUAGAAGAAGAGAAUAAUAGAAAGGAUAAACAGAUUGAACAGCUGUUGGAUACUUCCAGGGGCUCUGAGCUGGCACGAGUUUUGUCAGAGAAGAAGGCUGAUAAUGGACUGGUGGUUAGUGCAUUAAAGCAGAAGAUUCUCAAGCUGGAACAGCAGUGCAAGGAAAAAGACAAUGCUAUCAACCAUUCCCAGACAGACGUAAAGACCACUAAUUUGGAAGAAAUGAGGAUAGCUAUGGAAACCUACUAUGAAGAGGUUCAUCGCCUCCAAGUCCUCCUGGCAAAAUCUGAGAUGAUGAGGAAAAAUUUAGAGGGCAGAGAUACCCAAAAACGACUAAAAGCCCUGAAUGCUGCUGUCCUGAGAUUAUCCAGGAACAUCAAGGAAUUGCAGGAUGAGAACCGAAGUCUGAAGGAAGAUCUAGACCAAGUACUGAGCAGUUGCCCUACUUCCAAUAAAACAAAAAAUUAUGGUGAGUGGAGCAAACAGAGGCUGGUGAGAAGAAUUUCAGAACUGGAAAAAAAAGUAGAUGCCAUGGAGAACACGAGGUUAUCAUCAGCAGAUAGUGAGACAUCACAGUUACUUGCUGUGUCAUCUUCACCUUCUGUAGACCUGGGUCAUUCACCUUCUCAACAGCUGAACCAUGGUGAUGAAUGUCAACAACUUCGAGGACUAGUGAAGAAGCUGAACAGUGAUAGAAGAGCACUUCAAAAUCUCCUCCUCAGUAAAGAAUCAGAGAUCAAGCAGUUACUGCAGGCUAAGGCUGAAGCAACUCUGGAGCUGCAGAAGUUGCAGGAUGAUAAGAAAGAAAAGAAUAAAGAAGAGCAGACGCUAAGAGAGGAAAUUCAGAACCCUACACAGAAUGUGGGGCAACUGGAGCCAAAAUUCAAGGAAGACGAGAGACAAGAGGCAGAUGAUAACAUGGAAAAGCUUAGUAAG